AUCUGCUCCAGUCAAAACUAGCUCUUAGCCACCAGAGCAUUCCGGACGACAACAAGACCAUGCGCGUUCUGGCGAGAGUCCUGCACCGCGCGGCCGCCCUCGCCCCCUCCGGCACGGGAGGGCCGUCGUCGUCGCCACCUGCCUCACCACAGCAACCGCCGGAGCAGUCGGCGCCGAUGGCGGUGGACUCGGACAUGGCGGUCAUCCUGGCGUCAAUGCUGUGUGCGCUCGUUUGCGUCCUCGGACUCGCUCUCGCCUCCCGGUGCGCAUGCCGACGCCGACGCUCCAGCUCCAGUUCCUCCUCCAACCCGCCCCCGAAGGGCCUCAAGAAGAAGGCAAUUGACGAGCUCCCCACCGUCUCCUUCGCCGCUACCGCUUCACCACAGCCGGCAGCAACAGAGUGUGCGAUAUGCCUGGCCGAGUUCGCGGAGGGGGAGGGCGUGCGCGUUCUCCCGCGGUGCUGCCACACCUUCCACGUUGUUUGCGUCGACGCUUGGCUCCGCACAUGCGCCACCUGCCCCUCUUGCCGCGCCUCCAUCGUUGCUGCUCCAGCCCCUGCACCUACGCUAGUGGUCGUAGUGGCAGGGAACAACAGGUGCGGGAGGUGCGGCGAGGCGGCCGCGCCUGCUGGUGGUGGAGAUAGCACGUUCUUGCCUUAAUCAGUUUAUCUUAUUCCUCUUCUAUUCUCUUUUCCUCCGGUUUGCUAGUUAGGCUAUGUAAUUAAUUGAACUUUUCUUAGUUAGUCGAGUAUUUACCAUCAGCUAGUAAUUAAUUACAUGAGUUGUACUUGUACUUAGUUAAGUAGAGUAGUAGCACUAUUGUUCUUGUGCUUCAUUUUCUUCAACUUCCUCUACUUCGUUUGGUAAA